AUAAAACAGGAGCGCUCGGUUUGGGGCUCGGUGUCCGCGUUACAUAACCAUACUGCAGGUCCACGGCGGCGCUCAGUGCAGGCUCACCUCCGCUCAUCGGUUUACCUCUUCACAAUGGCAGCUCCGAAGAAAGUCUGCAUCGUUGGCUCUGGAAACUGGGGUUCUGCCAUCGCCAAGAUCGUGGGUGCCAAUGCUGCUCACAAUUCAAAGUUUGAUACCACUGUGAACAUGUGGGUGUUUGAGGAGAUGGUGAACGGGCGCAAACUGACUGAAAUAAUCAACACCGACCAUGAAAAUGUGAAGUACCUGCCUGGACACAAGCUACCAGCUAACGUGCUGGCCGUCCCAGACCUGGUGGAGGCGUCCAAGGAUGCAGACAUCCUGGUGUUUGUUAUCCCGCACCAGUUUGUUGGGAAAGUGUGUGACACCAUUAAGGGCAAGAUAAAGAGUGAUGCAUUGGGAAUAUCCCUCAUCAAGGGUGUAGACGAGGGUCCUGAUGGACUUAAACUCAUCUCAGACGUGAUCCAGGAGAAGCUCGGUAUCUGCAUGAGCGUGCUGAUGGGUGCCAACAUUGCCAAUGAGGUUGCUGAUGAGAAGUUUUGUGAGACCACCAUUGGGUGUAAGAAUAAAAACCACGGCUCUCUCCUGAAGGAACUCAUGCAGACCAAUAACUUCAGAGUUACUGUAGUAGAGGAGUCUGAUGUGGUGGAAAUCUGUGGAGCCCUUAAGAACAUUGUUGCAGUUGGGGCAGGUUUCUGUGACGGUCUUGGCUUCGGGGACAACACGAAGGCAGCCGUGAUCAGGUUGGGCCUGAUGGAGAUGAUAGCCUUUGCCCGUAUUUUCUGCACUCCCGGGCACGUGUCCUCUGCUACCUUCCUGGAGAGCUGCGGUGUGGCUGACCUCAUCACGACCUGCUACGGUGGCCGCAACCGCAAAGUAGCCGAAGCUUUUGUGAAGACGGGGAAGUCCAUUGAGGAUCUGGAGAAAGAGAUGCUGAACGGUCAGAAGCUGCAGGGACCAGCGACAGCAGCCGAGGUUUAUCUCAUCCUCAAGCACAAAAACCUAAUCGACAAGUUCCCACUGUUCAACGCAGUGUAUCAGAUCUGCUAUCAGGGCCAUCCGGUCACAGAGUUCAUCAGCUGUUUGCAGAAUCACCCUGAGCACAUGUAAAAACAACAAACUGACCAAGUGCCUUAUAAAUGAAGAACAUUUAUCACGUCUCACCUGUUACCCGGUUUGACCAGUCACUCCACAGCUGUCGCGCAGCCGGUGAGUGAAGAAGUUGCGUAACAUUUGUGUUCUAGUUCAACCACUUUAUCCUUAACGUUCUGUUUCUGGUACUUGUUGGGGGGCGGUUCUUUCCUCAUGUGAUAUUCGGAUAGCUCUUUUUGCCUGAGAGUUUUCUUUUCUUUCUGAGCCAGAUCAAAUCAGAAUGCAUGGUGUCACUUUCUACAGCAGCUGCUAACAGGCAAAUUCCACUGGGCAACGCACCCGUAAAAGUCAAUUUUUAUUUUAUUUUUUUUAAACCCCCCGGAAGUGCCAGUGUCUGUUUCACCACUGAGAGUAUGUAGAAUAGACGGCAUAUGUGUGACAUCAACCACAGGUAGGAGCCAGAAGGAGCUCAGAGUGUGGUAGAUCUAUCCGCCCCCAUCUUGGUACUCCUGCUUCUUCCAUUUUCUGGCUAAUCUAAAAAAUGAGCAAAGACGUGGAUCAUCAGUUGACCUGAAGUCAACGCCUGGGUGCUUAAAUAAGCCACCUGUAACGGCACCUACCUGUUGAUCAAAGCAACCAUGAUCUUAAUUAUGUAUAACCUUUAAGCCUUAAAAUAAUUUCAACAGACGAGUUUAAUAAAAUUCAUCCUCAGUACAGCUGUCAGUCAGAAGUCAGACACAGAAAGGGCAUAAAGAAACAUGUUAAUUUUCAAAAUAAAACACCCUGUGCAAACUUACAAACAGCGAAAAAAGAAACAAUUUAAUUUCAUAGUAUAUUUACAUUUUUUGAAGCAUAUAAAGCAGAAAAAUUACCACAUCUGAGCAAGUUAACAAAGUCUGGUGGACUGGUGGGGUUUGAAGCCACAUGGAUAAUGGACCAAAACAACGUUGUGGCCACAACAUGACGGAGACAUGCCCGGUGGAGUUGAUCAUAAUUCGAUAUCAAUUUCAGAAACAUUUCAGUUCCUAACAUGUUUGUACAACGUUUACACGACACUACAUCAUGCAUUCGGAUUUUGGCAGGGCCAACCACUCAGGGCAAAGACCUACUGACAGCCUUCUGUAGAGGGAAGUAUAGUUAUAUUGCCGUCCAGUGAAUGCCUGUCUAUCACAAGUUGUUUAAUUAUAGAUGUAAUACCUCACUUUCGUCAUGUCUUUGUAUGCUCGAAUGUGUCUUAAAUAAUUCACUAUUACAUUUCCUGUCUUGUACUGUAUGUUAACAGACUGUCGAACGCACAGCAACUGUUUUUAAACAUAAAUGCAAGUGCCUUAAAAUGCACGGUUGUCUUGACCAUUAUUAUUAUUUUUUUUUUUUUUGUCAAACCAAAGACUUAACAACAUCCGUCCACUAUGCCAUUUGUUGUUGUGACUCUGCCUGACCCUGUUUUCACUGUUAUGGCUAACGUGUUUUGGAAGUAAUCAACGUUUGUCUGUGAAUAAAUUAAUUCAGUCAUCAAA